AUGGUCUUCAAGUGGCAAUGAAUGACCCCGAUGAUGGUAAAAAUAAACAAUCUUUUUUUUACAAUUGUAUCUCCUCACUUGGCAUUCUUUCACUUUCUGGCCCAUUCGUUGUUACCUGUUGUACAGCUACCAUUAGCAUGCCCAUUCACAAUUUUCUUGCCAGUUCACAACAAAAAAGAGUUUUUCUCCCAGUGACUUCAUUAAAACCUCCUAAAAUAAACAACCACCCAGUUUUUGUCGAUAAUCCAGUCAUGAGGAUGCUCAUAAAUGAUAUGGGUGGUCAUGGGCGUGCAUUGGAGGCGUUAGAAGUGUCUGUUAGAGAAAAAGAUUUGGACAAUGUUAAUUUUAUUGAUCUAAUAAAUAAUGUACGAUCAAAACUCAUUGAUAAUUAUCAAGGAUGGUUAAGUAAAACCAUUUAUUUGAAACCGGUCCUCCGCAUUAUUCUUUCACGUACACAAGUUGAUAAAAAUCAAGAUAUUUCUACAUUUGAAGGGAAAGGAAUAAAAGUAGAUGACGUAACACAAUUUGGUCUCGUUCGAUUUGAAAGUCGAAGCACGGAUCAAGUGGUUGGAUAUCUUACAUGUCCGUAUAUUUGGCUAUGGAUAAUGGCGCAUGCGUUAUCAAAUGAUAAACUUUUACAGAACUGGGAUUUUAACUAUUACAACGAAGUACGCAAUAAAACAGGGGACCCAAGCAUACCACCCGGUUGCCAAUACUGGCAAAAUUUUGAGUACUUUGUUGCUCAAUUUCGCUCUCUAAAAUCGAAUAUCUAUGAUGAUGAUGAACAAGUUGAACUCAGAGUCAUUCAUUAUGGUGCCAAGCAUAAUUUUGGCAAUAGUUCCAUAUACAAUCGAAGACUUACAUUAGAACGAUCAGUUAAAAGGGUCAGCACCAAGUCUGAAAAUUAUAACCAAGAUGCAAAAAUUUUGUGUCAACAUGGAGAUGUUGAUGUUACAAAUGCGAGACAUAUUAUAAUCAAUGCACUUAGUGCUGAAUCUGGGGAUAGCUUUUGUCCGAUUCAAAUGGUAGGGAAUGAACAACUAAAAACGGAGACACAUCAAUGCAAAUUGGUAAAACAAAUCAUUUCUCAGGAAAGUUUUAAAGAUGAACAUGAAAAAGCAACGAGUCCGGGGGAUAUUUUCAUUCUUUACACAUCAGCAUCCUCCAAAAAACUUGAACUUCAUCAGCCAAUGUCUGCAAUCGUUUGUAAAGACAACUGGGAAGAAUAUUUCGGAUCUUUUGCUGGAAGAUGCUAUAAUUAUGCCAUGGGACCACCAAAUAUUAAUGAAGCGACCUACACUCAGCUGACUGGAAUAGAUUUCAUUGCAGAAGCACGUGCUAGAACUAUCAUGGAAGAACGAAACAAACGCAAAUUUUCUGGUAUAGACGAUUGUCUAAGUAGAACAAAAAUUCCGCAUAUAUUUCUUGAACCUUUUUUUUCGGAUAUUGAGUAA